AUUCGAUUAUAGAAAAUGAUACCCAUACUAAUGUGACAGACAGUAUCGAUGAUGUCCUGUUGGAGCCGAUUAUGUGCGCAUGCGCACAACCCGAACCGCCCGGUAACUCCUCUUGUAAACAAGACGACACGAGAAUAGUAAACGAUUUGGUCAGGCAACAGGGAGUAAAGACACAGUUUUCCUGUUACAUACUGACUGUGGAUAUGAAAGGACAACAGAAAAGUUCUGAACCUGAUGUCAAUGUCCCAGUCAUUGAAGAAGGGGCAGUUGCUACUGCAGAGGACCCGUCGGCAAUCACAACCAUUCAGUCUGCUUCUACGUUUUCCUCGGAGCAGCCGAUUAAAUACCUCUUCAAGACAGAGGGAGCUGGGGGGCAGGUAGGGGAGCUGUACCCUCCCUCAGGGCAGGUUACAUAUCGCGUAAUCCAGGUCGCAGAUGGACAGCUGGAAGCUCAAACUGACGGUGCAACAGCUGUUAGUGUAGUGACCGGGUUUCCGGCUACAACGCAGCCUGUUACACAGGCUGUUUUCUCUCAGUCAGAAGGCUUAGAUGGAGAUGGCACAGAAACCCAUUACACAUAUUAUCCCGCUACUAUCUCAGACGCUGCAGCAGGCACAAUGGUGACCGGUGUUCAGGCCUCAGAUGCUCUGCUUAGUCAGAGUGCUCCUGCAGGUCAGUUGUAUGUUAUGAUGUCCCCGCAGGAGGUCCUUACUGGAGCCAACCAGAGGUCUAUUGCACCUCGUACACAACCUUACAAUGCUAAGUCAGAGGGGCCAAGAACUUCAAGAGAUGAGAAAAGGCGAGCUCAGCACAAUGAAGUUGAGCGAAGACGUAGAGACAAAAUUAACAACUGGAUUGUUCAGCUCUCAAAAACAAUUCCAGACUGCACCAUGGAUUCCACUAAAACUGGACAGAGUAAAGGUGGGAUUCUAUCAAAGGCCUGCGAUUAUAUUCAAGAGCUGCGACAAAGUAACAGCCGGUUAGGAGAUGAAAUGAACAGCCUUGAGAGGUUGAGGAUGGAUAACCAGCUGUUACGGCAAGAGGUGGAAGAUUGGAAAUCUAAGAAUCAGAUUUUGAGGAACCAACUCCGACAGCACGGCAUAGUUGCAGCAGCAAGUGCAGAUUCCCAGUGAAGAAGGAUAUUGGAGUUUUGGAAAUUUAGAACAAAAACAUUCGGUGCUGGAGAUGGCACAUUUCUGCAGUUUUUUUUAACAACCUUGAACAAUGCCUAAUGCAGGACUUAAAUGAUGCAGUAUUGAAUAUACUGGUGAUCAGUGGCGUGCCAAGGUCUGUGCAAGCCACUGCUGGUGAUGAUUCCUCAUCAGGAUCUUGCCUUAUGUACAUAUUUUAUUUUUUUAUUUUUUGCAUCCUCAUGCCCCCAUACUUUAAUGUAAUUUAGCAUUCAUUUUUUAUGUACCAGGACAGGUCAGGAGAAUUUGUUCAUUUUGUACUUUACUUCUAAAUUAGUGGAAAUAAUGUAAAAUAUUUGUGUUAUGAAUGCAUUUUUCAUAUAUGUCAUACGUUUCAGAAGGUUUUUCAAUUUAAUUUGUUUGAAUAAUGAGCAUGUAAAAUAACUGCCUAUUAACUGACAAUUCACAACAUGGUAUGGUAUCAUAGUAGAUUUCACUAUUCAGAGUACUAAAUAGCCAAAAUUAUUCAGAGUACUGAAAUAAAUGGACAAAUUUCCCCUACA